AUGAGGAAGAUGGAGUAUUUGAAGACAAUUCUGCAUAGGAUAUAUUGGAAGUUCAUGGUGCAUAGGCCACUUAUUAGGAAGACAAUAAAUAAUAUUUUCUAUCGGUUCAUAUAUGAGACAGAGAAGUACAGUGGAAUUGUAGAGCUUUUGGAGAUUCUUGGAAGUAUAAUUAAUGGGGUUGCACUGCCAAUGAAGGAGGAGCACAAAUUGUUUCUUGUGCAGGCUUUGAUACCACUCCAUAUGCCCAAGCCAGUAGCAAUUUACCAUCAGCAGUUAUCCUACUGCAUUACUCAGUUUGCGGAAAAAGACUUCAAAUUGGCAGAUACCGUUAUAAGGGAUUUGUUGGAGUAA